CUACCUUCUAACGAGAACACAAUGCCUACGGUGCUUGUGGUUUCAUCGCUUCUGGUGACCGUCGUCGCGAAUACGGUCAUCGUGAGUGGCGGCGACAUGUGCGGUCCCGAAACGUGCAAGGCCCGCGACAACUGCCUUUGCGCGACCACUCGGCCUCCGAACAACUUGACAGUGACGGAGAUGCCGCAGUUUGUAACGCUCUCCUUCGACGGCGCCGUCAACUGGGGCAACAUGCCGUUCUACCGCGACCUGUUGGCGCCCACGAAGAGGAAGAACAAGCGCAGCGGCUGCAAUAUCGGAGCCACCUUCUUUGUGAGCCACGAGUACGUCGACUACCCGUCCGUCCACGAGCUACAUCACAACGGCCACGAGAUUGCGUUGCGCUCCAUAUCGGACUCAACCUUCCUUGACUACUGGAAGAACCUGAGCUCGGAAGGCUGGAAGGACGAAAUCUUCAGUCAGCGCGCGCUGAUAGCCAAAUUGGCAGACGUUCCUGCCUCCGACAUCGUCGGCAUGCGAGCACCGCUACUGGUAACCGGUGGCGACAACAGCUAUCGGAUGAUCAACGAGACGGAGUUGAAGUACGAUUCGUCGCUACCUCACCUACGGAUCAGGGGCCAUCAAGACCCGGUCUUCCCUUACACGCUCGACUACGGUCCACAGACGGCCUGCGUGAUUCCUCCCUGUCCCGAACUAAGGUAUAAGGGACUCUGGACGAUCCCGAUGAACGUGCUCUUCAGGAAGCGGAAGGCCGAUGGGAAGCUUCGCGAGUUUCCUUGUUCGACGGUUGAAGGCUGCGUUCCAUUGCCUGAGACCAAAGGGGACACGUUCGACUACCUUCAAUCCAACUUCAUGGACUUCUACGGCAGUAACAAGGCCCCGUUUCCCAUCUUCCUACGGCAAGGCUGGCUCCGAAACGCCGAGAGGAAUGCCGGCUUUCUCAAGUUUCUAGACUGGCUCUUGACCAAGGAUGACGUGUUUGUGGUGACCAUCCGAGAGGUCAUCAAGUUCAUGAGGAACCCUAGGCCACUACGCAAAUACCAAGAAGACCGAUGCCACAAGGAGAUCGCACCAAGCACCAAGUGCACAAGACCCGUCCAGUGCAUCUACAAGCGGGUCAAAAUCGUUGAUGCUAUUAAGGAUCGAUGGGUACGAGUGUGCGCUUCCUGUCCAGGGGCGUACCCUUGGGUAGGAUUCCGCGAUUUCUGAGUUCAUUUUUCGUGAAAUUCGCGGGUAUUUUUCGGAGGAUAUUCGGGGUUUAUUGGAGUUUAGUUUACUUGAGUUUAGUUUACUUCUCUGAAAUUGAGAGUUUAACUUGUACUUGUCGUUCCCGAUUUUCCAAACAUGAAAAAAAGAACAAUUAAUAUCGAAACACAAAGAGAUCCUAAAUUCACCUUUAUACGAAUUAUAUGGCUUGAGUUGGAUUUGUCACUGCACACUUGCCAUUGUCAAUAUACUGUAUUUGUCCUAGUGCAUAACAAUCAAACUAAUGAUGUUUGAAUAAACGCGGAUACUUCAAACCUCAAACCGCUCGGGUGUAAUCACUGGGAACCAUAAAAGCUCAAUCUGGCCUGAAAUCACCUAAAAAAUUUAUUGGUUCAUAUUUUUCCUGUUAUACAAAGACGACCCGUCCUCCUCUAGGAGGCCCCAAUAAUAUGGUCCAAACCGGAAACCAAAGCGGUGGCUUUUGCCGUAACUGAGAAUUACAGUGAAUUGAUGUUUUAAACGAUUUUGACGAUCGAGAUUGUUGUUGUUUGUUGUACUUUGAUUCACCUGUAUUGCUGACUUCCUCUCCGCGAGUGUUAAUUCAUUUUAAACGAUGAUUCGUAGUGUGUUAUUGACCCCCCUUAUAUAAGGCCCUAACGGGCCCUCAAGGAAUAAUAAAUGAAUGAAUGAGAUAUA